ACUUGAACGCAGCAUGGGACAAGUGAGGAAAAAAAGAGGAAGAAAUCCACGUCGCCUAUCUUGCAUCGUAAUAGUCUGUCCGUGUAAUAUUAUUCUCAAUGUGUCCGGUUUUUGCGUUCGACUAAGCGGAUAGCGGUGUCCAUACUGGCGGGGUAAGGCGGGAUAAUCCACGUAGACCCUGUUUGUUGAAAGGGAAAGGACUAAAAAAAAAAAAAAUGGAGCUGGAAGACGGAGUUGUGUACCAGGACGACCCGGGGACAUCAGCGAUGAUGUCUGAACGGGUGUCGGGCCUGGCUAACUCCAUCUACCGCGAGUUCGAGAGGCUUAUCGGUAAAUACGACGAGGACGUUGUGAAGGAGCUGAUGCCGUUAGUCGUGGCCGUGUUGGAGAACCUGGACUCGGUUUUCGCAGAGAACCAGGAGCACGAAGUGGAGCUCGAGCUGCUAAAGGAGGACAACGAGCAGCUCAUCACCCAGUACGAGCGGGAGAAAGCACUGAGGAAACACGCAGAGGAGAAGUUCAUCGAGUUUGAAGACACUCAUGAGCAGGAGAAGAAGGACAUGCAGAACCAUGUGGAUAGAAUGGAGUCCCAUUCCCGGCAGCUGGAACUUAAAAUUAAGAACUACGCUGAUCAGAUUGGCAGGUUAGAAGAAAGAGAACUGGAGCUCAAGAAGGAAUACAACUCCCUCCAUCAGCGACACACAGAGAUGAUCCACAAUUACAUGGAGCAUGUGGAGAGGAUCAAAAUGCAGCAGAUUAGUGAAACUUCAGAUUCCAGCGCUGUCAGCCGAGUCAGGAGAGAACGGCCUCUUUCUUUGGGCAUCUUCCCAUCAUCUGGAGGUGCAUCUCUACUGAUCCCAGAUCCCCAGACCAGGGCAGAAACCCCGAACACAGAGGGCUGGAGGUUCACAGACCCUUCACAGCCUCGGUCCAACGCAAGCCUCAAGUUGGACUAUGUCGACCCCCCAAAGGAAAGGGAGGGUAAGAGUGCGCAGGACUCUACUUGGGGGAAUUCUCUGGCAGACGACUGCAAGGAUGAGCUCUCAGACCUCACCGGCUCUAAGUCGGCAACACCAAUGUCUACCACAGCCUCGGACAUGGACAGGGAAGAUGGGAACAGUAAGAGCACGGAGGUUCAGGCCGCUCCGGGGACCAGAUCCAUAUCAGUCGGUUUGCCAGAAAAUGAAGACAGCUCAGACGUGCAGGACAUCAUAGAAUCCACUCCUGAAUUGGACAUGGACCUCAUCGGCUAUAAACCAUGCAGCACCCCUACCAAGGGCAUUGAGAACAUGGCGUUUGACCGCAACACAGACUCUUUGUUUGAGGAGCUGUCGUCUGCAGGUACAGGACUGAUAGGGGAUGUGGAUGAAGGAGCCGACCUGCUGGUGGAGUACUCUGACCUUAGUUUAAUUGGUAUGGGCCGGGAAGUUGAAAAUCUCAUUCAGGAAAACUCUCAGCUGCUUGAAACAAAAAAUGCCCUGAACGUGGUGAACAAAGACCUGAUAUUGAAGGUGGAUGAGUUGACCUGUGAGAAGGAGAUGUUGCAGGGAGAGCUGGAGGCUGUGCUCCAGGCCAGGACCAAGCUGGAGGACAAGAACAAAGAGCUAGAGGAGGAGCUCAAAAAAGUGCGACAGGAGGUGGAAGAGGUGAAACAGAAAGGUCAAGAAGAAGAAGAUAGUGAUGUACCUGUGGCGCAGAAGAAACGCUUCACCAGAGUGGAAAUGGCCAGAGUUCUGAUGGAAAGAAACCAGUACAAAGAAAGACUAAUGGAGCUCCAGGAGGCGGUGCGGUGGACAGAGAUGAUCAGGGCUUCGAGGGAAAACCCAACUCUGACUGAGAAAAAGAAAUCCAGCAUCUGGCAGUUCAUUAGCUUCAGCAGACUGUUUAGCUCCUCCUCCAGUGCCCCCACCAUAAAGAAGGUGGAUUCCCAGUCCAACGUCAAAUACAAUGCCCCGGGCAGCCUGGUGAAGAGGAGCAGCACCUUCUCCCAGUUCCCCACAGAAAAGUCUAAGACCUUCGACUUCCUCAACGAAGAAAAGGAUCAGUGCAGUUCGCCGUCUCGUAAAGAGCAGAAAAGAGCGCAGUACAGGCAGGUUAAGGCUCACAUGCAGAAGGAGGAUGGACGAGUCACUGCUCAUGGCUGGAGCCUCCCCAGCAAAUACAAGGUAGCAAAUGGUGGACAGAUGGAGCAUAAAAUUAACUUACCUGUACCGGUGUAUUUGAGGCCUCUGGAUCAGACAGACGCUUCUAUGAAGCUGUGGUGUGCUGCCGGGGUCAACCUGUCAGGUGGGAGGACUUCACCAUCAUCGGACCUCAGUAAACAGAGGAAAGGUUCUCAGAGUAGUUUGGACCAGUUGGAGCAAGAAACUAAGGACCAGGAGAAGGGGGAGCAGGAGAAGGAGAAGGAGCUGAUUGUCCAGGAGGAGAUGUCCAGCAGGGUGUGGGUAUGCACGAGCACCCACUCCUCUACCAAAGUCAUGGUCCUGGAUGCCAGUCAACCGUCUGAUAUCCUCGACAGCUUCUAUGCCUGCAACACGCACGUCGUCUGCAUCGCCAGUGUGCCAGGUGUAUUGGAGACUGAUUACCCCACAGGUGAGGAGGUGCCCCAAGACGUGGAGGCCAGCCAAGGCGACGGGGUGUCGUUGGCGGGCAGCGUCGCCAGCGUAGGCUCAACAGGCAGUGACGGUGCCAUGGCAGCAGAGGGAACCACCGCCAUCCCCCAGACAGCAGGCUUAGGUGUCAGCGAGACACCAGCAGAACACAGCGGCAUCUGUGGCUCAGUGGAGCUGUCAAGAGAGACUAGCCCAGCAGAAGACGGGGUUCCUACAGCAGAAGAGGCAACAGAAGCAACUGAGGCUAAUGCUGGUGUCGGCGAAGAUGGAGAGGAAGGCCAAGGAAUGGACCAGAACCAGCCAGGAAUCUACACAGAGCAUGUGUUUACAGACCCACUGGGGGUGGGACCCACCGACUCCUCCCCUGCUGACACACAGAGGGGCUCAGGGCUGGAUGGUGCCACUUCUCUGACAGAGGAUUCAGAAACAUCAGAGGGAGAAGUCCUGAGGAUGAGCAGUGCCCUGCCCACCAUGUGGCUGGGAGCGCAGAAUGGAUGUCUGUAUGUCCACUCGUCUGUGGCCCGAUGGAGGAAAUGUCUCCACGCCAUCAAGCUGAAAGACUCCAUCCUCAGCAUAGUGCAUGUGAAAGGGAGAGUCUUGGUAGCUUUGGCUGAUGGCACAUUAGCAAUUUUCCACAGAAGCAUUGCAGAUGGCCAAUGGGAUCUAACCAACUACCACCUGCUGGACCUGGGCCGGCCCCAUCACUCCAUCCGUUGUAUGACUGUAGUCCACGACAAGGUGUGGUGCGGAUACAGGAACAAGAUCUACGUCAUCCAUCCAAAGGCCAUGAGGAUAGAGAAAUCAUUUGACGCUCAUCCUCGCAAAGAGAGCCAGGUGAGGCAGCUGGCCUGGGUCGGAGAUGGCAUCUGGGUAUCCAUCAGACUAGACUCAACUCUACGUUUAUUCCACGCCCACACCUACCAGCACCUCCAGGACGUGGACAUUGAACCUUAUGUCAGCAAGAUGUUAGGUACGGGUAAACUGGGCUUCUCGUUUGUGAGAAUCACAGCUCUUGUGGUGUCGUGUAGCCGACUGUGGGUUGGCACAGGAAACGGCGUCAUCAUCUCCAUCCCGUUGUCUGAAGCCAACAUGACAACGGGCGUAGUGCCAAACCGUCCCGGCAGUGCUGUGCGGGUUUACAGUGAUGACGCCGCCGACUGUGCCAUGCCCGGCAGCUUCGUCCCAUACUGCUCCAUGGCACAUGCCCAACUCUGUUUCCAUGGCCACCGAGACGCUGUUAAAUUUUUUGUCACUGUGCCAGGUCAGGCGAUGCCACCUCCAGGCAGUGCAGACUCAGGCUCUGAUGACCCAGCAUCUGAAUCAUCCGACACAGCGGCAUCUGAAUCUAAAACGUACCUGGUCAUGAGUGGAGGCGAGGGAUACAUUGACUUCAGGAUGGGUGACGAAGGCGGCGAGUUGGACGGCCUAUCAGAGCCGGCAGCUGGCCAUCAGUCGACCCCCACUAAGGCAGAGCGGAGCCACCUCAUCGUCUGGCAGGUCACAACCACCCACGACUGAGAACAUCAGACUGUUGUGUCAUUGCCGUGGCCGUCAGCCGAUCCCCGCAUGCCCUUCUUGAAAUUUUUAAUUUGAUAUUACUGAUUGUUCUUAAUGCCUGAGUAGUUGACUACUUUGUAAAAAAAAAAACAAAAAAAAAACAGUUAUUUUUAGUCCAUGUUUUGUACAGUUAAUUCUUUAUGAAUUUGGUAAGGUGAGAUUUCUGUGAACUUUAAGAAUACGUCCAAAUGUUCCCCUCUGCUGGGUUGCAUGUUGGAGAAGCUGGUGCACACAGGAAAAAGGGCCAAGGUAACACGAAGAAAUGUCCAGGUGAAGUCUGAUCAGGUAUAAAACUCCCAAAAAACGGCGUCCAAUAAUGAAGAUAGAAGGGAAUACUGAUGUAACAAAAGGGAGCAGAAGGUGUUGCAUUCAAAUGAAAUAUAUUUUAUAUUAUACACAUAAGACUUUUACAUUUGUAAUCGGUGUGUGAGCAUAAGAUGUGAUGCAUAUUCCUUGACAUCUCUCCCGGGGCUGGGUGUCAAAACACACAAGUCAAAAACAAGGACGGGUUCAUAUCUUUGUGUUUUAUUCCCUUAAAUAUAAGGCUGAUUACUGCACUGUAUUGUAUGAUUAUUAGAAAAGCUGCUUGCACCUAAAGAUGGUUCAUAAAUAACCAUCUACUCUCAAAUUUCUAAUGAUCCCCCUCCUUUUUUUUUUUUUUUUUUUUCUCUUCCACAUUUUGUAAUAUUAAUCAAGUUUCCCAAUGAAUAGAAGAACUACUGUAGGUUAGCGUUAGCCUGCAUGGGGAAAUCCUGUAUCCUCGUCCAAGUCCGAGUCCGUUCGUGCCGUUUUCCAGCUAAACCCUCGUGCCACCAGCUCUUGGUGCUUCCUGUUCGCUUCAGCUCACUGGCACUUUAAAAUGUUAGACGUUAGUUACUCCAGGUUUCAGAAAGAACACCCGUGGUAAUAAUCUACAUUACACUACUGUGCUCGAACUGUGUAAAGGGAACAAUAUGUUACGAAUAUUUGUCGCCAGGUGUCAGCCCCAGUAACCAAAGGACAACAAGAGAAGCAGCACCGUGAAACUGAAACUCCAUAUUUUUUUGUUUGAUCCAUCCUUUCUAAAGUCUCGUGUGUGCGAUCAUUUGAAGAGUGUGUGUGUAUUCAGGGUGUCCACUUGGGAAAUAAGCUUGAAUAAGGGACUAAAGAUUAAUAUUUUUGCGCGACACCUUGUAUUAGACAUGAAUACAGCACUAAAAAUUCCCCCCCGAUUCGUUUAUCAGUCCUUGUUUUGUUGCUAAAAUACAUUCGAAGGCGAUUAUUGUUCUUGUCUUUAUGUUUUUGUACUAAUCUGUGCGACACUUUAAUGGAGUAAUGCGUAUUUUUGACUGUAACAUCAUAGAAGGCUACCGAUGUUAAGGUGUUUUUAUUUGUUUUUAUAUCAGACAUGUUGGGCCAAGAUUUAAGUUCUGUUUCUUUUCAAAACAGUAACUUUUAUUUGUUUAUUUUUUUUGCUUUUUUUUUUUUUUUUUUGCCAUUCCAGUAUUUAUUUCCUUUGUCACCGAGCCUGUCUUGGUUCAGAAUGUAACUUUCUACAUGAGCAAAAUAUAAUAGGAGACUAUUGUAAACAAAAUAGUCAACAAAUGAGUUUACAUGAUUGUUAAUAAUGGUUAAAUAAUAAAGCAAUUAAUGUAAUGUCAUGUCGGGAGUUUUUUGAUGAAGCAUAAGAUCAACGUGUGCGAACAAUAACUGUGGUUUUUCCAACAACACCUUCAUGUACUGAGCUAUGCAUGUUUUUUUAAGAGAACACUGCUAUGUUAUCGGUCUCUUGUUUAUUGCCACCGUUUUGGGUGGGGUGGAUGUGUGUGUUUUUGUUUGUACAGUACACGUGUACAUGUCGGAGUUGGGAUUGAUUGUGUAAAUGUGCAGUGUAUGUGUGUUCGCUGUAUGUUCAUGUGUAAUAAUGCCUCAGAGAGUGGUCACAUUUCCCUUCUUUGUACCGGGCCUCUCUGGACACCAUAACAAUGGAUCCUCCUGGUCAAUGUUUGCUACAAGCAUCAUAGCCUUAUUUUUAACAAUCUAUUAAACUCAGUUUCAUGGAGA